GAACUGAUACGCCUUUGCCGGCUAUGUCUGCGCCGCUGCGCCUCGUGCACGAGGCUCUGGAGGGGGCCGUGGCCUUCCUGGAGCCGCUGCUGCCGCUCGCCAACAGCUGCAUGGUUAACUUCAUCACUGAGGACCAGUGGCGCCGCCUGGUGCCCGCGCGACUUGCGGCGGCGCUGCUGGGUCUACCGCGUGACCAGCUGCUCCAGCUGCCGCUGCUGGCCGCGCCGCCAACGCCCGCGGCGCCCGCCCUGCCGCUGCUCGACCAGUUCUUCAGCGAUAAGAAGCUCCACGAGGUGGACCGGAUGGCGGCGACAGUGGCGCACCUGGCGGCGGAGAGUGAAAUCAGCCAGGUGGUCGACAUGGGCAGCGGCAAGGGUUACCUCAGCUCGAUGCUGGCGCUGUCCCAUGGCCUAGACGUGAUGGCCGUGGAGGCGAACGAAGUGCACACGCACGGCGCAAAGAAGGUCAACGCCAAUCUAAAGAAAUCGUGGGACGCAAUAGUGAGCCGCACGGCAUCGCUCAGAGUGGGGGAGACGCCCGCUAAGCGGAGCAAGAAGUGGAAGCGCCAGCACAGGAGCGCGGGCGGCGACCGCCACCGGCCGCAGCCGGGCCGACUGACCCCGGUGGACCAGUUCGUGAGCUCGGGCACCGAGCUGGCCGAGCUGGUGACCUGCCACGGCGAUCCGGCCCUGCCGCUGGCCGUGGUCGGCCUCCACACCUGCGGCGACCUGGCCGUCCACUCCCUGCGCAUGUUCAGCCAGCUGCCGCAGGCCAGGCUGCUGGUGAACGUCGGCUGCUGCUACCACCUGCAGCGGGAGCGGUUCGAGGGCGACUUUUGGCGCGAGCUCGACCCCGCGGACGAGACGUUCCCACUCUGCAGUCUGCUGACGCGGCGGCGUUACGUGCUGGGCCAGCAGGCGCGCGGACUGGCCGCCCAGGCCUCCGAGAGGAUGGCCUCCUACCAGCGGAGCCCGUCACCGGCGCUGUACUACCGCGCCGUACUGCAGGUGUACCUCCGCGACAAGCUGGGCGCCGUGCCCACUGACGUCAUGGUGGGCCGGCUGGCGCGCAAGGCCAAGGGCUAUCUCGACUACAUGCACAUGGCGCUCAGCAAGUACCCGCUGGAUCACAGGGCGGUGCCCGACGCCGAGCUGCUCGCCUACCACGACCGCCUGCUGGAGCAUCAGCCGCGCCUGGAGGCAUUCAGCGUGCUGCGCGCCUCGCUGGCACCUGUCGUCGAGGCGGUCAUCCUGCUGGACAGGCUGGCCUUCCUCCUCGAGCAGGGGUCGGUGGCAUCGGCCGAGCUGGUGCAGCUCUUCGAGCCCGUGACCUCGCCGCGCUGCUACGCGCUCAUCGCCACCAAGCGCAGACGCUCGGGACGGUGACCUUUGACCGGCCGCCCGCCCGCGGCGAUUGGCGACUACCGGGAGCGAGGAGCGGCGCGCAGUCCAUCACGUGACUCCCCGGACGGCCAUCGACCUCGCGAUUGGUCAGCGCGGCCGUGUGACGUCACGGCAGCGGCUGGACCCAGGUUGCUGCGCUUGGUCGCUGCCGGGUCCGCCCCGCGGAGUUCAGCGUUCCGUUUUUUGCCGGCGUUAAGGGAAGCAUUAUUGCCGUAGCUUUUUGUAUCGUGGGCAUAGGGCAGGCGAGUAAUACAUCAUCUUUUUGCGUCCGCAGCCUUUUGCCGUUUGUUUGGAAGGAAAUUAGUGGCAGCGGGUCGGCUACAGCGUGCUUGUUUGUGCUACAAACGGGCGCCUUUGGUGCACCCGGAUGUAGUUGAAAGGCCGGUGGCAGAUGUUCUGGAAUGUUCUGAAAGUCAUGAAGUAUGUUCUGGAAUGUACGGAAAGAGGUGCCGGCUGUCAGGAUUAGUCUGCGUGCGUGAAGACCUCUGCACGUGUAAGGUGAUCUGGAUGUGGAAUGAGUUACGGUGCUCGCUCGAGAUUCGUUUGUUGUGGCAUGCGCCAGUGGCGGACGUGCUCUUGGUCGGGGCGGUACAGGCUCCAGGGUCGGUCAAAUUUAUCGGUUAAGUUGAUUGGUUUGAAAA